GUCCAGACCAACACAACACCCCUCCGUCCGUUCUCGUACGGCGACGGCGACGCUGAAGACGACAACAAAGAGGGGCAAAGACGGAGCAGCCGAUUGGCUACUUUGAGAGAGAGAGAGAGAAGAGAAUGGAGAACCCGCAUGAAGAAAGGCAGUCAAUGCUGCUCGAACGCAUCAUCAAGAACGUCGACCUGCUCAACGACGCGAUGGUAGAAUUGACAAGGAGCAUGGCCGAGAUCAACGAGUUCAACCAGCGCGUCACGAUUGUCAGCGAGCUCUGGGAAGGUGUGAGUAGGGGGUCGGAUGACUCUCAUAGCUCUAACGAUGCGCAAGGGCACUGAAGAAGUCAUCGACACAGUACCGCCGCAACGUGGCUUUCAACCUCGCCAAUAUGGACGACACGGAACGGGAAAGGGCUGGAGACGAGGCACACUCGUGAUUGUGAU